AUGGCAUCAAAAGACAAAAAGUCUAUGAUAACAAUGGAACCGAACGACAAGAUUCGUUUCGUCGGCGACCUCACUCAAGAAAUCAAGACACACCUAAAAAUUACUAACAAAAGUGAUAUGAAACAGGCCUUUAAGAUUAAGUGUACGCGGAACGAUCUCUUCAAAAUACGGCCCGCAACCGGUAUUCUUGACUAUAACCAAUCUUCAAAUAUCACGCUUACUUACAAGCCUAACGGAGAAGUACCGGAAAACGACAAGCAUCAUUUCGGUGUCUACCACAUACCUGCGCCAGAAGGAUGCACCUGCGAAGGAGCGUGGAGCGAACACUACGGGCCUCCGCAAGGAGAAUUCAGACUUAAGGUUCAGUUCGAAGAAGCCAAAUAA